AGACGGCUGACCAGAGCUAGCUAUACUGACACUUAAGACUGAAUGAAGGGCCAUAUUAAGUAUAAUAAAUACUUGGUAUCUACAGAGCGAAAUCAUGUUUAAGAAAUUAAAGCAGAAAGUAAUCGACGAGCAAUCACCACAAAGGAAUGCGCAUUCACCACAGCAGGCCCAGGUGAGUUCAGGAGAGAGGCGCAAUCAGGCCUCUCCUCUGCAGCAAGAUGUCCUGCCCUCCCCUAGUGACAGAGAGACUCCCUCUAAGGGAGGAGGCAGCUCCCCAAGAGGUAGUGUGAAUGGAGAUGGAACUGCUUCACCUCAGAGGGAGGAGUCGCAGUCUCUGGCACAAAGGCUACAGCAGAGGGUUUCCUCUGUGGAGUCCUUGUUCCGAGGGUCCGCUCGUGGUGAGGGACUGUUCCGUUCUGGUUCAAGGGACAGCCUUGUCCGCAGCCCAUCCCGAGAGUCCCUCACGCCGUUGGGAGAAAACGAGACUCAGCCUGCCCUGGCCUACGACCCUCCAUCUGACAUAGAGAGUGAGGCUGAAGACUCGCCCGGUAACGCAGAUGCCAUGACCAAGGAGCAGCUUCUCCACCGCCUGCACAGGGUGGAGAGGAGUCUGGCCAACUACCGUGGGAAAUACUCUGAGCUGGUCACGGCCUACAGAACAGUACAAAGAGAUAAAGAGAAGACCCAGGCCAUUCUCAGCCAGAGUCAAGACAAAGCCCUGCGGAGGAUAGGAGAACUGAGAGAGGAGCUACAGAUGGACCAGCAGGCCAAGAAACACUUACAGGAGGAGUUUGAUGCUGCCCUAGAAGAGAAAGACCAGAUGAUCACUGUGCUAAAGACCCAAGUUGCCCUGAUGAAGAGACGUCUUCAGGGUGUCCCAGGUGGUGUGGUCCCAUCUGAGGGGGAAGCUGCUCUUCCUGCUGAAGACGCUACAGAUAGUGCAUCUGCUACUGAGAGCCCUUCUAAAGAAGAUGUCUCAGCAGAGGGCAGUGCUGAUCCAGCGAAAGCUGUGGAGGUACUGGAGCAGCGUGUAAGGAGACAGGAGAAUCUGCUGCAGAGAUGUAAGGAGAUGAUUCGCACCAACAAGGAACGCUGUGCCCAGCUGAGCAGUGAAAACGAGACACUACAGGAACAGCUGCAGGAGAGACUGCAGGAACUGGAGAAAAUCAAGGAGGUUCACACAACAGAGAAAACCAAGCUAAUUGAGCAACUGCGCGAUGCCAAAAACCUCAUUGAGCAGCUGGAGCAGGACAAGGGUAUGGUUAUCGCAGAGACAAAGCGUCAAAUGCACGAAACCCUGGAAAUGAAGGAAGAGGAGAUCGCUCAGCUGCGCUCUAGAAUCCAGCAGGCCUUGGCUCAAAAGGAGGAACUUCAGGAGCAGAAGGAGAAGUCAGAGAAAGCAGCAUUUGAAGAGUUGGAGCGGGCUUUGGGCGUAGCUCAGCGUGCAGAGGAGGCUCGGCGGCAGUUGCAGUCGAAGAUGGAGGAGCAAUUGAAGGAGGUGGAACAAGCUAGUGAGGAGGAAAGAAAGAAUUUGCAGCAGGAGCUUACCAGGGUUAAACAGGAGGUCGUUAACAUCAUGAAGAAGUCUUCAGAGGAUAGGAUUUCUGAGAUGGAACGGUUACACUCAGAGGCUCUUAACAACAAGGAGAAGGAACUCGCUGCCCAGAUAAAACAGGCUGUGGAACAGUGUCGAGAGGAGCUUUUGAAGGCAGCUCAUGAGAAGGAGCAGCAGGCUUCUUUGGCGUUGGAGGAAGCUGAGUUGCAGAAGGCUGCUCUGCAGGCAGAGGGAGAGAGCCGAGCAAAGGAGCUUCUUUUGGAACUGGAAACAGCCAAAACUAGAAUCCUGGAGCUAGAGAGCACCCUCACGAAGACUUCAGAGGAAGGAAGCACCCAGUCAGAUGAACUUGCACUACAAAUAAAAGAGCAAAUGGAGAAAUAUAAGGCUGAGAUAUCUGCUCUAGAGGAAAAACAUCAAGAAGAAUUGGAGAAGUCCAAGAAAGAGCAGACAGAGGCUCUGAACCAACAGCACAGUGUGGUUAUGGAGGAGCUCAAGCAGAAACACCAAGCUGAGAUUGAGGCUCUCCUGAAGGAGAAGGAGACACAGUUCCAUGCUCAUGUGGAGGAAAUGAACCAAAAGAUGCUGGAGAAGCUAGAUAUCAAGCAAACCGAGCUAGAGGCGUUGUCGUCUGAGCUCUCUGAGGUGCUGAAAACUAAACAGCUGUUGGAAGAAAGGUUAUCAACUAUUGAGAAUGCAAAUGUCUCAACAAAGAAUGAACUGGAGCAGACUCUCAAGGAUGAGCAGACAAAAUACCAGACAGAGGUUGAAAAUGUGAAGCUCCAGUAUGAAAAAUCACUCGAAAUGGAAAAGACUCUUAAAGACGAGAUGAAUAAGAUGAGGAUGGCCAUUGAGGAGAAAGAAAAACAACUUCAGGAGCACCUCCUUAAGGAAAAGACCCUGGAAGAAGAGGCCAAAAAGGCACUUGAGGAUGGAAGUUUGCAUUUGCAACAACUGGAAGAGCUGAGGCUAAGUGCACAAUCUGACAAGGAAGGUAUAGCUGAGGCUAGAGCUCAGCUUAGCGAAUUGAGACAGGAACUGGAGCAGUCGAAGGCUGAAAUAAAAAAUCUGGAGCAGCUUCUUGAGACAAGUCGUGGUGAAUCUCAGCAAAAAUCAGAUUGUCUUCAACAGAAGGAAUGUGAGUUAAAGGAACUUGAGCACCAGGUACAAGAGAUCAAGAAGAAUCUCUCUGAAAAAGAUAGUUCAUACACUGAAAUGUGUAAAACAAUGCAAGAAGAGGAAAGCCGGUUAAGGAAGCAGUUGGAAGAGGAGAGAGUUUCCCAUGAGAAGACGUUUGAGAACCUUAAGAAAGAAAUGGAUGGCAAAUUGAAAGCCCAAGAAAAUAAGAUGGAGAAAAUCAAGCAGAAAGCCAAAGAAAUGAAUGAAAAAUUCAAGAAAAAACUACAGGAGAAAGAUGAGACAUUUAAAGCAGAGCUAGAAAAGAAGGAGAAUGAACUACAGCAGAAAGAUCAGCAGCUGAAAGAGAAAAUCUUGGAAAUGGCCCAAGCAAGCUCAGAGGGCCUCAGCCAUGCUAUGGCUGACUUAGAGACCAACCACAAAGAACAGUUAGAAAAACUGAAGGAAGUCCAUAAACAGGAAAAGAAAGACUUGGAGGGGCUUUGGCAAGAAAAGCUUAGCCAGCAGGAGGAGGAAAUGCAGGAGAAGCAAGCUCUUAUUUUGCAAGAGAAAGCUCAAGAACUAGAGGAGAUAGCCCAGCAGUUAGGGAGCAGCAAGGAAGAGAAGGAGCAAGUCGUUAAGGAGUUGACAGACUUGAGGGAGGAACUAGCAAUUAGAGAAACCACUGUACAGAAACUACAAGCUGAGCUCAGGGAAGCAGCAGCUAAACUGGAGAGUUUAUCACAAGGAGAGGAUAUGCUUAAAAAUCAAGUGGAGACUGUAGAGAAGAACCUGAACCAGGCCCUGAAUGAGAGGAACCUCUUGCAAGAUCAACUUAGAGAGGCUGAAGAGACCAGUAAAGAAAGACUUCAAGCCUUGUCAACUGAGUUAGAAGAUACUCAGAGGAAGCUGAGUGCUCUGGAAGCUUCUCAGAGCAAAGAGGGUGAGGAUCUCCAGAGGAGACUUGAGGAGAAGGCUGUUGAACUUGAUGUCAAGGAAAAAGAAUUUCAGACACAAAUUAGUGUCAUUAGAAAGCACCUAGAGCAGUAUUGCCAGGAGACCCAAGCAAAGAUAGAUGGUUGCACAGAUCAACUGUGCAAGGAGGUUGAGAACAGAGUGAAAGAGCUGCAAAAUAAGGUUGUUAGUAAUCAAAAGAGGGUCAUGAAUCUUAAAAACAUAAUCUUGACAAAGGUCGACAGGAUUAGCACUUUAGAGGAGCAACUGCGACAGAAGAUAGCAGACAACCAGGACCUUAACAGCUCACUUGAGCAGAUGACUCUUCAGCUAAAUGUAAAUUCUGAAAAUUUGAAAGCCUUAACAGCUGAGAAGGAGUCUUUGCAAAGAGAUACUGAAAACCACUCUCAAGCACUUUCUGAAAAAGUUGCAUGCAUUGAGCAGCUUAGUCAGGAAAACAAGAAUAUCUCAGAUAAUAUCAAAGAAAAUCUUUUGCAUAUCAGCAGUUUGGAGAGUAUUGUAAAUGACUUGAAGACCCAAUUAGCAAAUAGCGUAGCAGAAAAGGAGGAAGCCAUAUCUCUGCUGAAUCAACAGCACACAGAGGAGAGACAAAGGUAUAGUUGCCAAAUGGAAGAGACAGUGGCAAGAUUAGAAAAAGAAAAGAGUUUGGCUCUGGAGCAGGCUGAUACACUCAGGAACAAGCUGUCUGAGAUGAAGAGGAAAGCAGAGUCCAAAUUCACUCAGAACAGCAGCACUGUCAAGUCCCUUCAGGCCACAAUAGAGGACCUUCAGAAGCAGAUUGCAGAAAAGGACGAGCACAUUCAGAGGCUUUCGGCCAGCAUUGACAAUCAGUCCAUUACCAAGUCAGAGAUGGACCAGGCGUUGAAUGAGAAAGAGGAAAGGAUCAGUGCCUUGACUUCAGAAAUAGAGAACUACACAAGAAGGGUGAGUGAGCUGGAGGAACAGCUUGCAUUGCAGACAAAGACGUGUGAGCAACUUGGAGCUGACCUGCAGCAGCACCUCAGUGUCAGGGAGAGUGAAAAGACUGAACUGAUCCAACAGCUCCAGCAAGCCCAGGAACAGUCUUGUCAGAACAACUCUCUGUUAAAGGGAACUGAGGAAAAGCUUCAGGCUUUAGAAAGAGAGAACAGUGCUGCUAGACAAGAACUUGAGUGCCAAAGGGCAGACUUUGAGAAAGAGAAGGCUGAAAUUGUCAGGGUGCAAGCGGAGGCCCUGAAGGCAGCAGAGGAAAAGCUGUCCAUGGAAAGUGCAAAUAAAGUAGCAGAGCUGAAGAAGAAAGCUGAACAGAAAAUUGGUCAGAUCCGGAAACAGUUGACCUCACAAAUUGAGGAGAAGGAUCAGACCAUCAAAGGUCUGGAGACCCAGCUGAAAGAGAUCAGGCAAAGUCAGGAAUCAAAAGAUCAGCAAAUGAAAAGUCUGGAGGAGACAGGAAAGACCAUGGAAGAAGCUAUUAGUAAAUUGAAAGAAGAGCAUGCUAAACAGUUGGAGAAAGUACACCAUGAUGAAAGCCUUGAGAGAGAGAAUUCUCUACAGAGUAUGAAGGACUUGUAUGAAGAGAAACUGGCUGCCCUUCAUAAAGAGGUCUCUGAAAAAGAAGGGCAAUAUGCGACUGGACAUAGAGAGAGAGAGGAUGCUCUGUCAAGACUCGGAGAUCUCCAAGCAAAACUUACUGAAGCUGAUGAACAGAAUGCCAACUACCAGGCAGAAAUCGCCCGCCUUAAUGCAGACCUGCUUGAGCAGACUGCAUUGGUUCAAGAUCUUCAGAAGGCUUGCUCAGACCUACAGGAACAAAUCAAAGCAAAAGAGGCCAGUGUGUUGGAAACAGAGCACUGCUCUGCAGUACAGGCAACCAGUGUGGCAAUGGAGCCUUUAAAGUCUGUGGAACAGGAAGGAGUCCAUACAGUUACUAAGGAAGAAGACUGGAAAAGAGAAAAGGAUCUUUUGGUGCAGGAUUAUGAGCAUAAACUUCAGGAGCUGAAUAGAAGAUUGGAGGAGAAAGAGGAUAUCCUCAGAACAUGCCAGGGCUCGUCACGAGGAAAUGGGGUGACUGAUGGAGAGUGUCUGAUGGAUGAAAGCAAGAGCUCAGAGGAGCUCCAACAAAAGCUGAUGGAGGCAGAGCAUGAGAAGCAGAAACUCCACAAAGAUUACACCAGACUGCAAAAGGACCUUCGCUCACUGAGGAAAGAACAUGAACAGGAACUGGAGUAUCUGAGGAAAGAGAUAGGGGAGGAGACAGAGAAGAAACUGAAACUUGAGAUGGAGGAAAUGGAGGCAAAACACAACUCUACCAUCAAGCAGAUGAUGAGGGAAUUCAACACACAGAUGGCCCUGAAAGAGAGGGAACUUGAAGCUUCAGUGAAGGAGACUAUUGAAAAGGCCCAGAGUGUUGAAGCAGAGCUUAUAGAGAGCCAUCGAGAGGAAACAGUUCAACUCAAGAAGGUGAUUGCCCAGAAGGAUGAUGACCUUAACAGAACUGUCCACCGCUACGAGCAAGUCCUUCAGAAUCGAGAGGAGGAGAUGGGGAAUCGUGUGUGGGAGGUGCAGAAAGAACUGGAGGAACUACAGCAGAGAAGCAUCGGCGGCCCACAGGGUCUUGAGGAGCUUCAGUUCCAACUUGCAGAGAAGACGACUUUACUGAAUGAGGCCAAGCUGAAGGAACAGGAGUACCAUGACAAGAUCCAUGCUCUAGAGGACAAGAUCAGAUGUGCCCCAAGAAACUCCGUGGUCACCCACCUGGGAAGUACAUACAGAGACUCCUCACACUACAGCACUGACGCCUUCGCAGAGCCCACUGAGUUUGAAUACCUGAGGAAAGUCAUGUUUGAAUACAUGAUGGGACGAGAAACUAAGACAAUGGCCAAAGUUAUAACCUCCAUGCUGAAGUUCCCCCCAGAUCAGACGCAGAAGGUUUUAGAGAGAGAGGAUUCCCGAGUAGUGCCCUGGCUGCGGUGAGCUGAAGUCAACGCUUUGUUUGAACUCUGAGGAACAGAAACUGCUGCUGAGAGACGGUACAGAAGGGUGUGCAGAACUGCCAUCAACUUGAAAGAACCCUUUUCCUGUCUACUGAUGUGUGUGUGUGUGUGUGUG